AUGUCUGAGACACCAACCCAAACCAAGGUGGACACAGCACCAGAGUCAAAGACCGUCCAAGAUGUUGAGGCCCCCACAACAAAGGAUGAUGGAUUUGCAAACAAAACCGGAUUCUGGACACGGAAAAGGAAGACCUGGGCUUUCGGAUGCCUUGGUUUGAUCGCCGUGUUAUUGAUUGUCUUGUUGCCCGUCAUCUUCCUGGUCAUUGUGCCAAAGAUUGCUCAAUCUUCUAUCGACGACUCCGUCCUUACAUUCGUCGACGCCAGCAUCAGCAACCCCCAAAACAACUCGUUUACGCUUUCCGUCAAAAUCGAUGUCACCAAUGCCGGCCACUUUGACGCUACCCUUAUCCACAACUCCCCUCUUACAAUUUCCUGGAUUGGCGGCCUAGACCCCAACGACCAAUCUGAGAAGCCAAUUUUGGAAGUUAACAUGGGUGCUUUCUCAGUUUCUGGCGGCAAAGGCACCAUCGAGCAAACGGUUCAAAACGUUACUGUCCUGAGCCAGCAGGCUUUGACCGGUUUCAACAAAUUCAUGAUCGUCUCCCCCAGCUUCAAAUGGAGGUUGCGAGCUGAUAUGUGGGUCAAGGCUGUUGGCCGCACCUACAAGGGUCUGACGAUGGACAAGGUUGUUGAGCUGAAGGGUAUGAACCAACUCAAGGGCACCGCUAUCCGUCAGUUCCAGCCCAAGGCUGUUCCCGACCCAGCCCAACCUCUCCCCAUCGCUAUGAAUGCCACACUCAACAACCCCUCUCCCAUCGGUAUCGAACUCGACACUAUUGUCUUCAACGUCACUCUUCCCGUACCUGGCACGAACAUCACUCUCCCACUUGGUCAAGCAACUAGCAUCGGGAAGACUAUGCUCAAGUCUGCGGGAGAGACAACCCUGCCUUUGGACGCUGUAUUGGCUCCCACCGGUGCGUUCCCCCCAGCUAUUCAAGCGGCAUUGGGCCAAGUUUUGGGUGGCCAAACCAAUGCGCAUUUGAAAGUUGUGCCCAUCUCCGUUGGCGGUGACAAUCCAGUCUCCUGGGUUGCAGGUGCAUUGAUUGGAUUGCCUCUCGAGGUUGAGUUGGGCAAAGCACCAGCGUAA